AAAUCCAACAACAAAAUCAACGUGAUUUCAAAAUGCAUAUCGCUUUUGUCGCUACCCACGUCCAAUCGGGUUGGCCGGCGAAAGCAUAAAAAUCCGCAACUCGGAAACAUUAGUAUCAGAGUGGAACCAGGGAUCGCAAUAGCAACAUAGCUUAGGAGCAGAACAUAUAACCACACACACACCGCGAUGGGGGACCUGAGGAAGUGUGUUCCGAUCGGAGCGACGCUUUGUGUAUUGGUACUAGCAGUUUCUGCAACAGUCACGCAGAAAAUUUUGAAUGUUCCCGUAUAUGAAACAAGUCUGAGGUGGAUGUCAAAAUGGAAUUCGCCUCUUUUUCAACAUGUGACUGGUUAUACAUCAAUUGUUAUCUAUAUAGUAACAGUUGUUUUAUUUUACCCCCUUUACAAAUUAUACGGUAUUUUAUUUUUGCCGAUGAAUCGCGUGAAAUACUUGGGCGACGUUGGAUACAUACCGCAGGGACGGCUGUCCAUGAAGGAUAUAGCGAACAGGGUCCGUAAACAGAGGUUGGUGGGGGACCUCCCCCCGAUCUACCCCAACGGCUGGUUUGGGCUGAUCGAGGGAUUCCGGGUAAAACCAGGAGAAGUGCAAAACGUUUCAGUUCUAGGUUUAAACUUGGCUGUUUUUCGAGGAGAAGAUGGAACAAUCCAUGUCAUUGAUGCCUAUUGCCCACACAUGGGCGCCAAUCUCGCUGUGGGAGGGCGAGUUGUGGGCGACUGUCUGGAGUGCCCAUUCCAUGGCUGGCAAUUCAGAGGAAGCGACGGACAAUGUACAACGAUUCCAUACUCCGAAAAAGUUCCAGACAUUGCCAAAGUUAAAAGUUACGCCUCUGACGAGGUGAAUGGGUAUAUCUACUUCUGGUACCAUGCUGAGGGGAUAGAUCCCACGUGGACAGUACCUAGGGUAGAGGAAAUUCAAACUGAGAAGUGGGUAUACCGAGGGAGAUCGGAACACUACAUCAACUGUCACAUUGAGGAAAUACCAGAAAACGGGGCGGAUCUCCAGCACUUGGAGUGCGUUCACACUCCGCUGAUCACAUCCGGGAUAGAUUUACGUCACAUGUGGAGCGCACUGUGGUCAUUCGGAAGUCACUCUUGGGCUGCACGAUGGGAACAAAACCCAGCCCCCGAGGAGCACAUCGGAACACUCCGACUGACUCAUUCCAUGAACCUGUUUGGAAAGCCGCUGCGACCCGUCGACAUGGACGUCACGGCCCGCCAGAUCGGGCCUGGUAUUGUGUAUCUAACAUUUGAUUCACCUAUUGGAAGCGGGGGUUUUAUGCAGCAUCUUGUCCCAACUGAACCCUUACUGCAGAAAUUCGUACAAAAUCUCUAUUUCCAAAAGAAUAUCCCGGCCUUCAUAGGGAAGUUUUUCUUACUUGGAGAGGUCAUUCAGUUUGAGAGAGACAUCAUGAUUUGGAACAACAAAAGAUAUGAAAGAAAACCCAUGUUUGUUAAAUCUAAAGAGGACUCGUUGAUUGCUAAACAUAGAAGGUGGUUUUCUCAAUUCUACUCAGAAAACAGUCCCAGACUAAAGUUUCAGAAAGAUUCCAUGGAUUGGUGAAACUGGGAUUUCAUUAGUGGUCCAGAAUAAAGCCCAGGAACACUGCUUACAGGACCGCUGGGCAAAUACGAAUGGUCUCGAACAACACAAAAGAAAAACGUCCACCUGAGUACAGGCAAUCGAACGACAGUGACGAACCUGUCAGGAAUAUUCUAAUUUAUUUUUUUCUAACCUUGUGAUCAUAUUUAUCUUCGAUAGGAAAUGUAAAUGUCUUUUAUAUUUUAUCAUUAAGAGCCGUAAAACAAAAUCCAUUCGUAAAGAAAAUAGAAAGGAGAGUCAAUUAGUUGAAGCAAAGUAGUUAGGGUUGUGACGUGUCUUAUGCCAUAUGUUAGUUUUUAAAUUUAGUAAUUGAUUUAUCCUAUUAGAGAGUCGCCAUUCUGCUUGCAAUGAAACAGCCCCCCUAACCUGUUUUAAAUAAAUGCACAAUCAGCAUGUCGCGGUGUUAGCGCUCCCUAGAGUAGCGGUGAACCUACAAAGUAAGGUGAAUUGCAGAUUUGAAUUUUUGUUUAAUAUUACAAUGUAAUAUCAUGUGUCUGUUCCAUGGGUGCUUAAACUUGUAGUGUAGUUUAUGAACAUUAUCUCGUUAUCCUCUGAUCCUUUCACCACAUUCAUUUAUUUUUUAUAAUUAUUAUUUCUUCAAUGAAGUGCAAUUAUUCCAUAUAUUUUUUUCAUGAAUCUCAAGCUUGUGUGUGUGUGUAUGUAUAGAGUUGCUUUUCUCACAUUAUUCUAAUAUUGUGUGGUAAAAAAAGCAAUUUAUAUGUAUGUUUACAAGAUUAAGGUGGGCGGACAAAUAAGAUGAGUUGUUUGUUGUUUUUAAUUUCAUAUUGAAAUAAAUUUUAUGACAUGUUUAAA